AUGGUUGAACUUCGUAAACGCAAGACUCCUCCCGUGGCGCCCCCAAAGCCUGCGCGCAAAAAGAGCAGCUCUGCCACGCCUGCGCCCGCGCCGAAACCCACCUCAAAGGUCGCGAAAGUGAAGGAGACUGUCAAGAACGUCGUCAAGCCUGCGUCGAAGGAGGACGCGCCUGUUCCUGCUGCAGCUGCUGCAGAGACGAAGCCCGUCGCAGGCGGCCUACCAACAGUCGGCUCCACCAUAGACAUAGCAACUUUUGGAGGAGAAGUUGAAACCCACGAAGGCGUCAAGACUACACUUGCGAAGCUUCUGGCCGAGAGCAAGGCAGGCAUCGUCAUCUUCACAUACCCAAAGCAGAAUACCCCAGGCUGCACCAGACAAGCGUGUUCCUUCCGCGACUCUUACGACUCUCUCACAGCCACAGGCCUCUCAAUCUACGGCCUCUCAACUGACGCGCCCAAGGGCAACAAGAGCUUCCGUGACAAGUUCAGCUUCCCGUACACGCUACUAUGCGACCCGAAACAGGUCCUGAUCAAGCCGUUGGGCUUCGGCAAGGCUGGAACUGCUCAUCGCGGUGUCUUCGUCGUCACGCCGGCUGGCAAGGUGCUAGCUAAUGAGAAGGGUGGGCCAGAGCCUACUGUCGACGUCGUCAGGAAGAUUGUCGCGAGCAUGGGCGGAGCUGACGCGACUGCGCAGAAAGAGGCCACGCAGGAGGAGAAAGAGACGGCAAAGAGUGCUGCUGAAGUCGCAGACACGGCCGCAACGUUGGAUGGUACCCCGCAACCGACCAAAGCAUGA